ACAAAACAUAUAUAGUUUAAAAUUAAUUAUGUAACUAAUAAAAAAAAUUCAAGAGUGGUUUACCUCAUUCACUUUGAAUACACCUUCCAUGAUUACCUUCUAUUUUCAACUUUCUUGUUACCAUGGUCACACUUUUUAAAAUGUUUGAUCAAAUUUCACUUUUUAUUGUGAAUCUUACCCUAACUUUUAGUUUUCAUUUAACUUCAAUUUUUGUCAUAAACAUGAAAGUUACUUAUUGUACAGAUGUCGAUAGAUCAGUUGUUUUAAGUAAUUUUGAAAAACGAGGCUGGGUACACGUUGGCCCUGAUGAUGAUUGGAACUUUUAUUGGGCUGGUAUACAAACAUGUCGUAGUUUAUUUAGUAUUGAUAGUGGCUAUCGAAUGCAUGAUAAUCAAAUGAUUAAUCAUUUUCCUAAUCAUUACGAACUUAGUCGCAAAGAUAUGCUGGUAAAAAAUAUUAAACGUUACAGACGUGAACUUGAAAGAGAAGGAAGUCCAUUAGCCAAGCGUUUAGAUGGAAAAUAUUUGUAUUUAGAUUUUAUUCCAGUUACAUUUGUGUUGCCUGCAGAUUAUAAUUUGUUUGUAGAAGAAUACCGCAAAGUUGGCCCUAGUACAUGGAUCAUGAAACCCGUUGGGAAAUCUCAAGGAACUGGAAUAUUUCUUAUCAAUAAACUAUCAAAAUUGAAGAAAUGGUCUAGAGAAGGCAAAAAUUUUAAUACAUCCGCUAUUAAGGAAUCGUAUGUUAUUUCAAAAUACAUAGAUAACCCUUUACUGAUUGAUGGUAAAAAAUUUGAUUUAAGAUUAUAUGUUUUAGUCACAUCAUUUCGUCCAUUAAAAGCAUACUUAUUUAAAUCAGGCUUUUGUCGAUUUUGUACCGUGAAAUAUAAUACAAGUGUUGGAGAGAUUGAAAACUUAUUGAUUCAUUUGACAAAUGUUUCUUUACAAAAACAAGGUGAUGAAUACAACAGUAUACAUGGUGGUAAAUUAAGUAUUCAAAAUUUGAGAUUGUUUCUGGAAAGCACAAGAGGAAAGACAGUCACUGAAGCUCUUUUCGAUAACAUUGUAUGGUUGAUUGUUCAUUCUUUAAAAUCUGUUAGUUAUAUAAUGUCUAAUGAUAGACAUUGUUUUGAGUGCUAUGGAUAUGAUAUUAUAAUUGAUGAUAAUUUAAAACCCUGGCUAAUAGAAGUAAAUGCAUCUCCUUCUUUAACAUCUACUACAGUAAAUGAUCGUAUUUUAAAGUAUAAGCUAAUUGACAACAUGUUAAGUGUGGUUCUACCCCCAAGUGGGAUUCCAGAUGUACGUUGGAAUAAAUGCCCAUCACGUGAAGCAAUGGGAAAUUUUGAACUAUUAAUUGAUGAAGAAUUAGCUGCAAAAGAUAAAUCUGGACCAUCCAUAAAGAUUGAUCAAAAGGAAAGAUUAAAGCGCAAAACCUAAACUACAUUAUUUAUAUGGCUUAACUAAUUAUUAUUAGAUAUGUCAUGCCGAUCCAGAUUAGCCAUUUUAAACGAAAAACUUACUACACUUGAAAGAAGAAUUGAAUACUUAGAAGCAAGA